AUGACGAAGAACGUCUACGACCCCAGCCUCCGCAAGGCCGCCUCCACGAUGAACUUGGGACAGCCUUCUUUAGGGAAGGGUGAGCAACCGGCAAGCCGCCCGCACGAAGAGCUGCCAGCGACUGCGGGCGAGUUACGCAAACAGGGCACGAAGGUCGAUACUGCCAGAAUUCUGCCAAUACGCCAGCAGCCUAACGGAGGACACCAGAGCGGUUGGGAGCAGCCGCGGGAAGUGUCUUUCGGGCAACCUAGUACAUACGGCAAGGACCUUGUGGAUACUUCAGCCUUUGAGCCAAGCACACGUUGUAUCACUUUCGACCAUCCCACUGUCCAUGACACGGCAAUUCCGGCGGCGAACACCCUGCAUCCCCUGCGCCCCUUCGAUUCUUCCACCUACCUCAAUCCCGCAUUUCCUCCGCUGAACUACCUUCCAGGCUUCAGCACCACUCUGCCCUCCCGCCAGCCAGACUACUUGCCGCCUCGACUCGACCCGCUCGACGGCGUGCAGCCGUCAUCAGCAUCGACAGACUUCAAGCCUUUCGGGACACGCGUAGACCGCGGGGACUACGCCCGUAUCUUUCCACAUUACGCCCCACCACGGAUUGGGUGGGCGCCGCCCCAGGUCCCGCCAAAGCCGCCAAAGAUCAAGAUGGAGCCCGCAAAGGUCCAGGCCGAGCCGGUAAAGAUCGAGUCUGAACGCAAACCCAUCGACUACGCCAAGCCCUUCUGCGAAUUCCUAACUAACAACCCCACCGUCUUCCAUGCCGUUGAUACUAUCGCCAAGAACCUAGAGAAGCACGGCUACUCCAAGCUUUCAGAGCGCGAUGCGUGGGACCUGAAGAAGGGCGGAAAGUACUACCUCGAGCGAAACGGCAGCAGCCUAAUCGCCUUCGCGAUAGGCGACAAGUACGAGCCCGGCAACGGCGCCGCCAUGCUCGCCGGCCACAUCGACGCUCUGACCGCGAAGCUGAAGCCGAUUCCCAAGCUGGACACCAAAGCCGGCUACGUGCAGCUCGGCGUCGCGCCCUACGCCGGCGCGCUCAACAGCACAUGGUGGGACCGUGACCUCGGCAUCGGCGGGCGCGUUCUCGUAAAAGAGAGCUCCGGCAAAAUCGUCACCAAGCUCGUCAAGCUCGACUGGCCCAUCGCACGCAUCCCGACACUCGCGCCCCACUUCGGCGCCGCAGCCAACGGGCCCUUCAACCCGGAGACGCAGAUGGUGCCCAUCAUCGGCCUUGACAACAGCGACAUCUCCGGCUACGGCAACGCGGCCAUCGACGCCGCGAGCAAACCCUCCCUGCUCGGCGGCGCCGGCGCCUUCGCCUCCACGCAGCCGGAGCGCCUCGUCAAGGCCAUUGCGGGCGAGCUGGGGAUAAGCGACCACGGCUCCAUCGUGAACUGGGAGCUCGAGCUCUUCGACACGCAGCCCGCUACGCUCGGAGGGCUGGGCAAGGAGUUCAUCUUCGCGGGCCGCAUUGACGAUAAGCUGUGCUCGUGGGCUGCGAUCCAGGCGCUGCUGAACAGCACCUCCACCUCGACCUCCACCUCGACCUCAUCCUCCUCAAUCAUCAAACUCGUCGCCCUCUUCGACGACGAAGAAAUCGGCUCCGGCCUGCGCCAAGGCGCCCGCGGAAACCUGCUCCCCUCGACAAUCUCGCGCAUCAUCGACGCCUUCACCCCCUGCACCCCAACCCUCACAUCCCGCACCUUCGCAAACUCCUUCCUCCUCUCCGCAGACGUCACCCACGCCGUGAACCCCAACUUCCUGCCCGCCUACCUGCCCCAGCACUCCCCGCGCCUCAACACGGGCCUCGUCGUCGCGGCCGACAGUAAUGGCCACAUGACGACGGAUGCGGUGAGUACGGCGGUUCUGCAAAGAUGCGCGGAUAGGGCGGGCCAGCGGCUGCAGGUCUUUCAGAUCCGGAAUGAUAGUCGCAGUGGGGGCACGGUGGGGCCGAUGCUGAGUGCGGCCACCGGGGUCAGGGCCGUGGAUGCGGGGAUCCCGCAGCUGAGUAUGCAUUCUAUUAGGGCGACGACGGGGAGUGAAGACCCGGGGCUGGGGGUGAAGAUGUUUGAGGGGUUUUUGGAUAACUACGAGGAGGUGGAUGGGGAGUUUAGGAAAUAG